AUGUCCCGCGCCGCGUCUCGCUCAGGGUCCAGGCGGACCUCACCAGAAAUCCGCAAUUCGCUUUCAUAUCGGAGCAACAGUCUAUCUGCCGGGCAAUACACCGCCGGCGAUAGUUCAGAUGACGAAGUCCCUGAACCCAAGUUUAGCGCGUCGGUCAAGGCCUUACUGGAUGAGGAUGGACUCGACCUGUCGCCCCGUCUACGCAACAAGAACCUGGGCUCGGCGGGAUCAAGCCAGGAAAGGCGAUCGCGGACCACAUCGCCCCUUGACCAGUCCAAUGGCAGUCCCGCGCCCCGUGUGGUUCGAAUCGCAUCUUCGCUCAGCCGGAGAGAAAGCUCGCCGUUAGCCAAUACCGAGAUUGCAGAACCCGAGGAACGAAACGACGUGAAGAAUGACUUCAUCACGCCAGCACCACGCACACGGAGUGUUCGCAUCAAUGCUUCGCGCAGUAAUACCCGGUCGCCCGCAUCCCUAUCGCCGUCCCAGAGACGGUCGGCUGAAAGGAGUUACAUCGACGAGCAUGAGCAUGGAAGCGCGACACGCUCAGGGGAGAAAAGCUACGACGACGAGUAUGCUCCGCGACUUGGCACUGCAUCCGUGCUCCGCACUCGCAACAUUGAAGACAUGGGCAUGCACAGCUCAUUGCGCGUCAAACGUGUCGGGCGACUGACCGGUACUUUCUUGAAUGGACCUGCGCGGAGGGGUGUAUUACGGCGACAAAGCGAAGAAAACGAGAUCCGAGAGACUGAUUAUGAUCUAAAUAACGAUAACGAGCACUACCACUACAAGAAUACAGCGAAGUCUUCAUCGCCCAAAGUCUCGUGGGCCGACCCGAGCCCGCCGCAGAGAACUGAAGAACACCGAGACCGAAACCGAGACCGGGAUGCGAUGGGCGAUGGCUUGUUUUCCAGAUCCUCUUCUCCGAAGUCAUAUGGAUCGCACUCCAAAUCUACCCCGGGCUCUUCGUCGGAAAUGUCAUCGAAGCCAUCCAGCGCCAAGGACCAGCCGGUAUUCAAAGUACCUCCCCCGCCAACGUUACCUUCAAAUCGUGACCAGGAGAACGAGCCACCACCGACUUUCAAGCGAGCCAAACCGCAAGGCUUCAACCUACUUGAUAAGCCCGUGGUUUAUGAGGAAGAGAAGAAGGAAAAGGAGAAGGAAACCCCCGCAGACAGGAAGAUCCUCGCCAUACGAAGCAACAACACCCCUCAUCGGCCAGCUCCGCCUCCUCCAAAGAUGUCUGUCCUCGAAACUGCCACGGCUACUGGCGGCGCCGCUACAGCAUCUCAUUCUCGCAAGAAGCGCAACCAAGUUUCGGUCAAUCACAAGCCUUUUACUCGGCUUGACUGCAUUGGCCGCGGAGGAAGCUCGCGUGUUUAUCGUGUGAUGGCCGAGAACUACAAGAUCUUCGCCUUGAAGAGAGUUAACCUCGAAGAUGUCGAUCCUGUGACAUUGGCCGGUUACAAGGGUGAAAUUGAUCUGCUCAAGAAGCUUGAGAACCUGGACCGUGUUGUGCGUCUUUUUGACUGGGAGUUGAAUUCGGACAAGCACACCCUGAGCGUUCUUAUGGAGAUUGGUGAAUCCGACCUCGAAAAAGUGCUUACCUACCGACUGAAUGCGGAAGAUGCAAGAUUCGAUAUCAACUUCACUCGCUACUACUGGAAAGAGAUGCUAGAAUGUGUCCAAGCAGUCCACGACUACAAUGUCGUUCACUCCGAUCUCAAGCCGGCCAACUUUCUGCUUGUCCAGGGCCGAUUGAAGCUCAUCGACUUCGGUAUUGCUAAUGCAAUUCAAGACAACACGGUCAACGUGCACCGCGAACAGCAAGUGGGGACGCCCAACUACAUGUCCCCCGAGGCUCUGAUCGACUCCAACGCCUCCCUCGGCUUGCCGGCAAGCGUGGGGAAGAUGAUGAAAUUGGGCAAGCCCAGCGAUGUCUGGAGUCUGGGAUGCAUUCUUUAUAAGAUGGUCUACGGCCAGCCGCCGUUUGCGAAGAUCGCCAAAUACUACGAACGAAUCCUGGCCAUCCCCAACCCCAACGUGAAGAUCGACUUUCCCGCCUUCGCCGUUGGCGGCGUCCCCGUACCGCCAGGUCUGGUUCGCACCUUGAAGCGGUGUCUCCAGAGAGACCAGACCCUCCGUCCGACCGUCGAAGAACUCCUCAGCCAGCGCGAUCCCUUCCUGUACCCCGACGCGCAGCUCGAGUCAGCAGUCCCCGUGACGCAAGAUAUGCUCAAUCGCAUCCUGGUCAACGUGGUCAACCACUGCCGUGUCCGCGGCAUUCCCAAGGACGAAGAACUCGCCGCCUGGCCGGCCGGUUUCUUCGCCAAGAUCAAAUCAGCCCUCGAAGAGGGCCCAUGA